AUGAGUGCCGAUGCAGCAGCACAGCCGGAGAAGGUGGCAGCAGCUGCUGCUGCUGUUGCUGCUGCUGUGGGGCCCCGGACGGACUCCGAGAUGUCUAGCCAGCAAUCUGCUCCCGUUAUCGGAGUUUUCAUUCAACCUGUGGACGAGAACCUUCCGGAAGAAAUAAGUGGAGUGUCUCGACAGCAGGCGGUGUUGGAAGGCAUUUCUUACCUCGCAGCUUCUUACAUUAAAUACAUUGAAGCUGCAGGAUGUGUUGCGCUUCCCAUCGACUUGAACCUCUCUGAAGAUGAACACAAGUUCAUCUUCAGCCAAAUCGAUGGGCUGCUGCUUCCUGGGGGCUCAGCAGAAAUAAACGACUGGAAUGCUCCUUACAUGAAGGCAACUAAACUAUACUACGAAUUGGCCAAAGAGUCAAAUGAAGCGGGGAAGUUCUUUCCCAUCGUGGGGAUCUGCCUGGGGUUUGAGGCGCUGGUGAUUGUCGCGAGCGGAAACUUGAAUUAUUUCAAAAGAGAAUUUACCGAAGACUUGGAUCGCCGGCGGGCGCUUUCUUUCACGGAGGAAACGGAAAGCUCGGUGUUGUUUGGCUGGGGCGUGUUCCCGGGGGACGGGAAGAAAAACGAGCCAAGUCCAAGAAAGGAUCUGGGUGGAAAAAGGCGGAAAAACGCAGAAAUUCAAGUUCCAGCUCCAGCUGAGGACUUGAAAAGUGAAACAAAUUCAAAAAAUGAGGCGGAGGCGGAAAACAACGAGAAAAAUUCAGAAACUCAAGUUCCAGAUCGUGUUGCCGACGCAGCAGAUCUUGCAACUUUGCGCAGCACUUUCGCAGUCGAUCGCAUCCGCCAGCUGCUCGGAAUGCAGCCCAUUGCCUAUUUCCACCACUUCAAGCUUUUGUCUACCGACGAGUUUCACAAUGAUGAAAAACUGAAAAAGGAAUGGAGACUAACCGCCACCGCAAAAAUCCCGGAGGAAAACAAAUUAGAAAUAGUCGCCGCAGUGGAACACAGACAGUUUCCCUUCUUCGGGAUGCAGUUUCAUCCCGAGAAAGCGCUAUUUGAACACUGCGACCAGUCGCAAAUUCCUCACUCUUUCGCGUCGGUUCUUCCUUCCUGGUACAUCGCCGCGCUCAUAGGUUUGCUGGCUCGCCGAUCUCAUAAUGCAUUUAAAGACAAAAGGUUGAAAUUCGACAGUGUCGCCUUCGCCUUCAAGCCUACGCGGACUGCCACCUACGGCCGCUUCUACUCUUUCGAGCAAGUUUACCUUUUCCCGCAAGAGCUGCGGCAGCAAAUGAGAAAGAAAAUGUUCGCAGGCAGACCCUCGAGUGCCACGCAGCUCCAGCAGCAGCAGCAGAAGCAGCUGCAGCUGGCCGUUGCUGCAGAUGAGGCUUAG